GUAAAAUGAAGCUACUUCUUGUGCUCCUGACAAUUGCCUCUGUGGCUCUUGCUGCAGUCGAUGAUGUGGCAGUUAACAACUUCAAAGUGGGAAUUUUGGCCAAGGACCAACAACCAAGUGACGAAAAUUUGAAAACUGUCGCACUCUUCUCCAAACUGCCAAACGAACUCAAAGCAGAUGCUUCUCAGCGUCUCUACGUCUCGUUCACCGUUGCCAAGAAAUCCGACAACGCCAAAGUGAAGCCACAUCAAGUUUUUCUUCGAUUUGUCGCUCAAAAUGGUGAAGAUGUUGUUGUGGUAGUCAAUCCAGAUGCUAAUGGCAACUAUGUUUACGAUAAUGUUCUUCGUACCGCUGCUAAAUCAUUCCGCAACCUUAGUGGACAGUUCAAGAUCAGCCUUCUCGUUGGAGACGUAACUAUCAAGAAUCCAAUCAACUGGCAAUUUGCUAACAUCGACGCGGCUCUCCCAGUUGCCUACGAGCCAACCCCAAAAUCACAACAAGUGCACUUUGAGCCAUUGAACGAAAUCUCCCAUAUCUUCCGUCAACCAGAAAAGAGACCAUCAGCGCUCAUUUCUGAUUUGUUCACCAUUAUCUGCCUUUCCCCACUUCUCAUUCUUGUCGUAUUGUGGUCCCAAGUUGGAAUAAAUUUCCAAAAUGCUCCAGCUUCACCAUGGGUUCCAAUCUUCCACGUCGGACUUAUUGGAAUCUUCGGGAUCUAUUUCAUGUUCUGGGUUCAAUUCGAUAUGUUCGUAACUCUCAAGUACCUCGCUGUUCUUGGAUUCCUCACUUUUGUUGCCGGAAAUCGCGUUCUUCGUGCUAUUUCCGAAAGCAAACAAAAAUCAGAGUAGCUUUAAACUUUCAAUACCAUCGGUUCCCUCCUACCAAAAAACUUGUUAAACUUUAAUUUAUUAAUAAUUUUGCUGGGCCUUUCUCUCCAUCCCCUUUCUAGAUCUGUUCUCUGUUGUCUCGUGUAAAAUGUGAUAUAAAUUUAAAUUAUAAACU